AUGUGGGUCCCUAAAGUGCCCUGGCCACUCACUUGGGCUGUGCUGCAGCUGAGCUGGUGGCCAGGGUGGCUUCAAGAGGUCCACAAUGGGCCCUGGAGGCCCCUGACCUUCUCACCAGCCCAGCUCACAGUGCCAGAGGGGACAAAUGCUACCUUCACCUGCAGCCUCUCCAACUAGUCCGAGGACCUUACACUGAACUGGUACCGCCUGAGCCCCAGCAACCAAACUGAAAAACAGGCUGCCUUCUUCAAGGGUCUCAGCCAGCCCGAACGGGAUGCCCGCUUCCAGAUCACACAACUACCCAAUGGGUAUGAAUUCCACAUGAACAUCCUCACCACACAACGCAAUGACAGUGGCAUCUACCUCUGCGGAGCCAUCUCCCUGCCCCCCAGGACAACCCAGAUCAAGGAGAGCCCUGGAGCAGAGCUCCUAGUGACAGAGAGAGUCUUGGAGCCCCCCACAGCACACCCCAGUCCUUCACCCAGGCCAGCAGGUCAGUUUCAAGGCUUGGUCAUUGGUAUCCUGAGCGUCCUAGUGGGUAUCCCUGUGUUGCUUCUGCUGCUGGUCCGGUUCCUGGAUGCCUUCUGUUCAACAGACAUGUCAGAGGCCAGAGGAGCUGGAUGCAAGGAGCAGCCCCUGGAGGACUCCUCAGCAGUACCUAUCUUUAGUGUGGCCUAUGAGGAACUGGACUUCCAGGGACGAGAAAGGACUCCAGAGCCUCCUGCGCCCUGUGUACAUACAGAGUAUGCCACCAUCGUCUUUGCUGAUGGGCUAGGUGCCUUAUCCUCAGGACGUAGGGGCUCAGCUGAUGGCCCUCAAGGUCCCCAGCCCCCAAGGCAUGAGGAUGGACACUGCUCUUGGCCCCUAUGA